AUGUCGUCGGCUCUACAAAACCGAGCUGUUUUACCAACACAACUACCAACCUCUUCACAACCAUUAACACAGUUAUCGUUAGAGCAAUUUAAUAACUCUAGAAACAUGUCAGAGUAUACUGCCAGACAAAUGCAAAUGUAUGCGGAAAAUAGUAGACCUCAAGUCGGGAAUGCUUUAACCCAAAUUAGCCCUUCAAACCACAAUUCACCCGCGAAUAGCAAUAAUGUUGCUGCUUCGCCAGCUUUAUCUUCUGUCUCACUAGCAAGUUAUGAUGCCGAUUGUCUUGGGCAGCAGUCACAACAGCACCCUAUCAAAGUUGACCAGCAACAGCUUGCCAACAACGGUAAUAACACCAAUAAUCAUCAUCAAUCAACACCGGCAAAUGGUAAUCCCAAUGGCGGUAGUGGUCCACUUCCACAUUUUGAAUAUGUUUCGUAUGAUAGAGUGCAGGUUCUUUAUGAGCAGAAAAAGGGCACCUUAUAUUUCAUCCCGGAAGGAUUUGAACCCGUUCUAGUUCCAAAUGAUGCCCAAGCCCAGUCUGUGACAAAUUUGUUACAGUCCUCGAAGCAAGUUUCUGCCCCGUUAAAUGUAUCUCGAAUGCUCCCGGAUACUGAUGUACGUUUGCCGUCAUUAGCUCUUCCGUGCGGUGUAGCUGGUCCACAAGCUAAACCGAAUGCGAACAACGGAAAGUCAAAAGUAAAGAAACCACCGAGACCACCAAAUGCCUUCAUCCUUUAUCGCCGUGCUAAACAACCUGGCAUCGUGGCGAAAAAUCAAGGGAUCACAAAUAAUGAAGUGUCUAAAGAGAUCGGCAGGAUGUGGCAUGAAGAACCAAUCGAAGUGCGAUUGAAGUUCCAGAAAAUGGCCGAAGCCGCCAAACAGGAGCAUAUGAAGAAGUAUCCCGAGUAUCGAUACCGUCCACGUCGGCCUCAAGAUAGAAAACGAAGAAUCCAGCCACGUGAUUCUCCCGCAAGACGAGGAUCAUCUCCAGUUCUUUCAUCGGAGAAAUUACCAAUGUUGGAUAAUUCGGCGUUCGUGUCCUCGUCAUCAUCGCCAAAUCCACGACGUGUCUCAUCGAUAUCUUCCAACGAUUGCGACAACAGCUCAGAGCUUUAUUUGUCAAGUCCUACAAUGACACAUAAUGUUAUUCCACAGCAACAACCAGUUCAACAGAAUCAUCUACAACAGCAACUCAUGUAUGCUAAUAAUAGUCCGGCUGUCAGAUCCCCUCAAGAAUCAUUCGGACUACUAGAUGGUGCCGCUCAAUUCAAUUACGCAUAUAUGAAUGGUUUGCCGAAUGCAUAUGAUUCCUCAUCUGUUGCUGCUGCCACAAUCAAUUCGGUACCGAUUGAUUUCAGCGUGUUCGACGGAAAUCAACAACAAACUUCUGAUGAAUGUUUUGAAUAUCCUGACUUUGAGGAUUACCAUGAGUACGAUAACAUGAACUGCCUCAAUUACAUGGAGGAGGAAUAUUAUAGGCAAAAUCCGCAAUAUAUUAAAUUCGAUUAUGAAUAA